UGUGAUGUCAUCACGCACACACGGCACGCAUCCUUUACGAACUGCUCUAGCUGCGCGCCCUCGCGCUUUAUGACACAAGGCGCGCUCCCGCCGGACAGAAGUGCAGCAGGUCCAUCAACCAUACAUGUCUUAUUUGUGACUGAGUCAGAUAACCCCAGAUAUGGCUGGGGGCCGUCGAGGCCCAAGCCGGACAUCAUACUGCCGCACUCCCCUAUGUGACCCUGGAUCUGCAGGUGGUGCCGUCCAUGGUGGAGCUCCUACUGUGAGCGGAGUGAGGUCCAGAGCCAGGAGUAGUUCCAAUACAGGAUUGUCCAGUCCCCCUCUUGCUGCACAGACAGUGGUACCACUGCGACAUUGCAAAAUCCCUGAUCUACCUGCAGACCGCCACCUAGUUUUUGAGCUGCAGCUCUUUCUGUGUCACCUAAUUGCCUUGUUUGUGCACUACAUCAAUAUCUACAAGACUGUUUGGUGGUACCCACCAUCGCACCCACCUUCACAUACGUCUCUGAACUUCCACCUAAUAGAUUUUAAUGUGCUGACCCUCACAACAAUCGUGCUUGCUCGAAGAUUAAUUGCAGCAAUUGUUCGGGAGGCCUCACAAGGAGGAAAGUCUUCUGUCCCGCACUCAAUACUGCUGGUGGCCACACGGUUUGCUGUUCUUACUGGAACAGGGUGGAGUUUAUGUCGCUCCCUAAUCUUGUUGUUCAGAACACACUCCUUCCUCAACCUUCUGUUCUUAUGCUAUCCAUUUGGUAUGUACAUCCCAUUUCUGCACCUGGGCUAUGAUUUUCGUCGGUCAAGCCUCUUUGCCCAUGCUCCCAGCGCACGUGUUGGUGGAGAUCUAGGUUCUGUUGAUAAGGCAGGUCGUGAUUACUUAACAGUACUGCAGCACAUGUGGCGGCCCAGCACAGAUCCUCUUCCAACACAUGCGUGCUGCCUCUCUCCAGACCUGAUACGUAGUGAAGUGCACUACUUAAAGCUGGACUUCAAUUGGCGUGUUCGGGAGGUGCUGCUUAGCUCCAUGCUGUCUGCAUAUUACGUGGCAUUUGUGCCUGUAUGGUUUGUCAAGAGCACACAGUAUUAUGACAAGCGCUGGUCAUGUGAACUCUUUCUUCAAGUUUCCCUAAGCACUUCAGUAAUCCUCACCCAGCACCUCCUGCCUGCACGGUACUGUGAUCUGCUGCAUAAAGCAGCUGCUCACCUUGGCUGCUGGCAAAAAGUGGACCCAGCGCUGUGCUCCAACAUGCUACAACACUCGUGGAUGGAGGACUGCAUGUGGCCCCAGGGGGUGUUGGUAAAACACAACAAGAAUGUCUACAAAGCGGUUGGUCACUAUAAUGUGGCGAUUCCUUCUGAUAUGUCUCAUUUUCGGUUCCAUUUUUUCUUCAGUAACCCGCUGCGAGUUCUGAACAUUUUAACCACACUGGAAGGAUUUCUCAUCUUUUACCAACUAUAUUCACUGCUAUCUUCUGAGAAGUGGCAUCAUACCAUUUCUCUUGCACUCAUCCUUUUCAGUAAUUACUACGCCUUCUUCAAGCUGCUUCGUGACCGGAUUGUACUGGGGAAGGCAUAUUCGUAUACUGGGGUCUCAGACUCGGAACAGAAGCUGAACUGACUUUCACUACACCAAAGCGCUGUAUUUUUGUUACAAUUGCUUUGUUUCCUUAUGUAAUUAAAAACAAGCAUAUUUUUUUACUCUGAA